AUGCCUUCCGAUACCAGUAUGUUUUGCCCCGCCAUAAGAAGUGUGCCCCACCCCAACUGUGCGAACACGGCUAACCCACCCUGCACAGAGCGACCAAGAUGCUUCUUCGACCUCUCAAUCGGGGGCCAAAAAGCGGGCAGGGUCGCCUUUGAGCUCUACAACGACAUUGUACCCAAAACGGCCGAAAACUUCCGCGCCCUCUGCACCGGCGAGAAGGGCACUGGCAGUUCCGGGAAACCCCUCCACUACAAGGGCAGUGGGUUCCACCGCGUCAUCAAGCAGUUCAUGAUCCAGGGAGGAGACUUCACACAAGGCAAUGGAACGGGCGGCGAGAGCAUCUAUGGAGAGAAGUUCGAGGACGAGAACUUUGAAGUGCUGCACGAGAAGCCAUUCUUGCUGAGCAUGGCGAAUGCCGGUCCUGGAACGAACGGUAGCCAGUUCUUCAUCACAACCGUGCCCACGCCGCACCUGGACAAGAAGCAUGUCGUGUUCGGCGAGGUCAUCAACGGCAAGAGCCUUGUACGACAGGUUGAGAACUUGAAGACACAAAGCGGUGACAAGCCGCAGCAAGACGCCGUCAUCAUAGACUGCGGCGAACUCAACGACUCGGACUACGAAAAAGCGACCGACAAGGCGCCCGAUUCCACCGGCGACCCCUACGAAGACUGGCCCGAAGACCAGCUCGCCGCAGACACGGAAUGGAAAGGCGAAGACAUCCUCGCCAUCGGCACCGCCCUCAAAGACCUAGGCAACACGGCCUUCAAAGCAGGCAACCUCUCCCUCGGCCUCUCCAAAUACCAAAAAGCAAUCCGCUACCUCCACGAAUACCCUACCCCCCUCGAAAACGAUCCCCCGACCCUCUUCCCCUCCCUCAACGCCCUCAAAGUCACCCUAUACUCCAACUCCGCGUUGCUGCAGAAUAAGUUGAGUCUGUGGAGCGAGGCGGUGGAGAGUACGACCAAGGCAUUGGAUAUCGACGGGAUCCAGGACAAGGACAAGGCCAAGGUGUACUUCAGACGUGCGCAAGCCAAGGUCGGCAAGAAGAGCGACGAGGACGCGCUCAAGGAUCUGGAGCAGGCGGAGAAAUUCGCGGCCGGAGACGCAGCCAUUGUCGCGCUCAAGGAGCAGGUCAAGAAGAGGGUGCAGGAGCGGAGGGAGAGGGAGAAGAAGGCGUACAGGAACGCUUUCGCUUGA